AUGGCUAAAGACAGAGGUGAUAAGGAGAAGAAGGAGAAGAAGGAGAAGAAGCGGUCGGAACCGAUGGAUCCCAUUCGCAAACCCCCUUGCCGAGACAAAGUUGCGAAGAAGGUGUUGAAGAGUGUGAAAAAGGGAAGUCUCAACACCAUCUGCAAAUGCCCCAUUACCACACCAUCCGCUAUCGUUGUGCUUGCUGCCGAUAUAUCUCCCAUGGACGUGAUAUCCCACAUUCCAGUUCUAUGCGAAGACCAUGGAAUUCCUUAUAUUUAUGUCUCCUCUAGGGCUGAGCUUGGAAAUGCUGGUGCUACGAAACGACCAACAAGUGUGGUGAUGGUCCUCCCCAAGGGAGGAAAGAACAAGAAGAAAGACGAAAAAGAAUCUGAUGACAAGAAGGAAGAUUUCUCAGCUGUAUAUGAUGAGUUGGUCAAAGUUGUUCAAAAGGAAACCAAGAAGGUCAAAAUAUAG